CUGUGUAUGACCCGUGGUUGGCGCAACAAUGCAGGGUGUUGCCGCGCGAGGAGGGAGCAAAACCCAGACGAAGGUCUUGACGAAGCAGGCGGGCGAACGGUUAGGACUGUCCCUGAUAUCGCUCAAUCCCGGGGCCUCGGGAAACAUAUACGUGUCGUCCAUUGCACCCAACUCGACGGCAUACCGGAAGAAAGUAGGCGUCGGCUGGGAACUGCUGUACGUAAACGGCAAGAAUGUUGAGAAUAUGACUGUGGACGACAUCGCGCGGCUCGCAGGAGGAAGCUGUAAGGAGGUCGAAAUCAUAUUCGAAACGACCAUGGCCGAGCGCUUUGUCAAGUGGAAAGCUGAAGCUGGUACAAAAGCGCCACCGGCGGCCACAGCGGGUGCGGCGACUGCAAUCAAACCCAAGCCAAACGGCAAUAGCGCGCACAAGACCGUUCCAAACCCGCACCCACCAUCACAAGCGAAGCACAAGCCUGUGAAAGUUACAAAGCGUCCGGUCUCAAGCGCUUCUGCAGAGCAGAACGCACAAGGCCCGACUGCUGACGAAGACAGUGGCGGCGAUGCACACAAAGUCGCGCCCAAGAAGAAGAAGGCGGCGGCUCAAUCACACAACACGAUCCAGCGAUUUCUUCAGAGUAGCCGAUCCUCCGACCCGUCGGGAUCUCCGGCCGCCAAUGUCCACCACCCGCUGCACGAGCUGACGCGCGCGCAGAAGUCGCGACAAGCGAUGUUAGUCGACAAGUUGACGUAUAUGGGGUUUUCAAAGGCCGACGCGGUGCUGAGCUGCGAGAAGUGUGGGAUCGACAAUAUUGACGCCAACAUGCUCUGGCUUGUGUCGAUGGUUGAGGAGCGCAGGUUUCAGAAUGAGCUGAACAAGGCCCAGAUCGAGUCGGAGCUGCAAAAGCGGAGCGAAGACUCGCAGCACAAACAAAAAGAGCAAGAAGUGCUGCAAACCGCAUCGUCCCUGCGUGAGCUCUUCCCAGACUCUGUGGUGUUUGACCCCGUGACCCAAGCCCCGCUCGUGAUCCACCUCAUCGAGACGUUCCUCGUCAAGUUGAACGACACGGCGAUUCCGCUGCGCCAGGCCGUUGUCGACAUCCUCACGCAAGAAGCAAAGGCUCGACGGUGGUAUCCCCGACCAGCGCAGUGCUACAUCGCCAACCUUGUGCAGCGCGUCAACUCGACGAUCAGUUCGCAUCCACCGACCGCAGCUUGCUGCGCGCGGCGCGACGCGAACGAAUGCCCGCUGGUCACGAUCGUCCAGACGGAACUUGCGACGCUCAAGUCACAUUUGUACAUGUCGACGUCGAACGUCGGCGGGGUGCCCCUUGCGUUUUUAGAAGCCGACGACGAGAACCGAUUUAGUUUAGCAGACGAUGGGUUCGAAGUGUGCAACGUCGAAGAUCUCGUAUCCGACGACGACGAGUAAGACAAACAAAAACAGCACCAACUCGUGGCUGGGGUGCGAGAGCACUGAAAUCGAAUGAGAGCAGAUUACUGGGGUGUGUUGAAAAAUUUGAUUACUCAGACCCGCCUCCCAUGUAAAUGCCUUCGCCGGCAAACCACAACGUCGCGUCGUC